UACCCAUUUUCCACAUAACGAGUUCGAGUUUUGUCGUCGUCGUUGUCGACGUUCAACCAUUUUCCUCGGUUUGCGUUUUUCCUUAAUUUCUUGUAUAAUCGCAGGAAGGAAGGUUUAUCUGAGUGAUUGUGUGAAAUUUUAGAUAAAGUUAGUGAAGAAAACGAAUAUUAUCUCAAAUUCAGAUGCAAAGUAAGUGAACGACAUCCGAAAUCGAAAAAAAGUUUAUCAAGUGAAGGAAAAUUAUUUCAAGCUUACGUUACGCAGGAAGUAGUCUCCCGGGAUAAGAAGACUUAAAGAAAAUUGUGGAAAAAUGUGCAUAAAAUUGGAUUGAAACAUUCUACCCAGCAUUGUUGUUUUGGGGGAAGCGAGUUGAGGAAAAUCAAUCGUUCAGGAGAUAGUUCCCGAGAUUAAAAGACCAAUAAUGGCGCCGAAUAUUCGGCUGUGGAAGCGCGAAGCCGAAGCAACGGCCGCGCCCAUUACAACAACGACUUUGGCGGUAGUCGAAGAAGAAAGCACAACAGAACCUCAUACAGUCAUAUUCAAUCAUAAACAUCAUAAAUCUACAACAACAGCAGAGCCACCCCAAGAAAGUCAACCAGGCACAACCGUCCCCAGUAAACUAGAAGUGGUGGGCGGAAAAGCAGUUGAAAUUACUGAAGACGUAGCACAUAAAAUUGGUAUUCCAACAUGGGGACUGGUCGCUAUUAUAAUUGCUGUAUGUCUUGUUAUCCUUGGCAUCUGUUUCUUCUGUAUACGCCGAUGUUGUCGAAAACGACGCUCGAAAGACGGCAAAAAGGGUAUGAAAGGUGUCGACUUGAAAUCGGUGCAGCUACUUGGGUCGGCUUACAAAGAGAAGGUGCAGCCGGAUAUGGAAGAAUUGACAGAGAAUGCCGAGGAACCAGACGAAGGUGAAAGUAAACAGAGUGAACAAAAACUAGGAAAGCUACAAUAUAAGUUGGAAUAUGAUUUUAACUCAAACAGUUUGGCCGUAACUGUGCUUCAAGCCGAAGAACUUCCAGCCCUUGAUAUGGGCGGCACGUCCGAUCCUUAUGUAAAAGUCUACUUGCUUCCAGAUAAGAAAAAGAAAUUCGAAACUAAAGUUCAUCGUAAAACGUUAAAUCCUGUAUUUAAUGAAACUUUCACCUUCAAGAAUUUGCCCUAUGCUGACGCUAUGAAUAAAACACUGGUAUUCGCUAUAUUUGACUUUGAUCGUUUCUCAAAACACGAUCAAAUUGGUGAAGUAAAAGUGCCACUGUGUACCGUUGAUCUUGCCCAAACGAUCGAGGAAUGGCGUGAACUGCAAAGUGUCGAAGGAGAAGGUGGUCAGCUGGGCGACAUAUGCUUCUCCUUACGAUACGUACCGACUGCGGGCAAACUAACUGUUGUUAUCCUGGAAGCUAAGAAUCUGAAGAAGAUGGACGUCGGCGGAUUGUCUGAUCCAUAUGUGAAAAUUGCAAUCAUGCAAAAUGGAAAACGUUUGAAAAAGAAGAAGACAAGUAUCAAAAAAUGCACCCUCAACCCUUACUACAAUGAGUCGUUCUCAUUUGAAGUUCCAUUUGAACAAAUACAAAAAAUCCAACUAGUAGUAACGGUUGUGGACUACGAUCGUAUUGGUACAUCUGAGCCUAUCGGACGAGUGAUUCUGGGAUGUAAUGCAACUGGCACUGAAUUACGGCACUGGUCUGACAUGUUAGCAUCACCGAGACGACCUAUCGCCCAAUGGCAUACGCUUAAGGACGCAGAGGAAGGAGAUAAAAAGGAUUAAAUUCAGAAAUCAUAGGUGUAGAGGUAACUAAAUUGGAACACACACGUACACCACACAAUACAAGGCGCAUCGAGAAUAGAACUGUGAAUUUACAGAAUGAAUCUUCAAAAUCAAGAAAUUUACAUCUUAUUAUAAAAGUAAUAGCAACAACAAAUUUGCUAGUUAUUCAACAAUGCAGCAGAAUAUAUAUUAUGAAUUCGUUAAUACUUAAAAUGAUGAGAAUCCACUCCUUACGUAACAAAGAAGAUGAACGCGAAGCGAGAGAAAGGAUGGAAACAAUAACAAGCAUAUAACUUAUGACGAAAACCAAGAAACACAAAACAAGGAAAAACUGUUAUGUACAUUGUAUGUAAAAAAUGUUUAACUAUAAUCAUUUGUUAUUGUUAAUUCAUUAAUUUCUUCUUAAUCCAAAGAAAAUUGAAAGAAUAUUAUUAUGAUAGUAUUAAAAUAAUAAGAGAAAAAAUAUUUAAUGAUGCAAAGUAUUUAAAAUAAAAGUGAAAAAUGCAAAAAUUAUACAUAUAAAUUCAGAGAAAAUCAUAAUUUAUUGUAUUCCAAAAGUAUACAAAACUGUACUUUUUUAAGGAGAUGAAUCCAAUAAAACAUCCCACGAACGAGUUAUUUAUAGACUUAUUAAAAUCAAUAUGCUCUUGUAAACUUGAAUUAAAUCAAUCUUUGCUCCUCUUGAUUUCUCUCCGAAAACGGAGUAUCGUUACAAGAAACACUUAUAAAAAUCCAAAUCAAGAUUUGUAAUAAUAAAACAUCUAAAUUGCAUCUUCAAGAAUGUUGGCGAAGUUUUGCACAUUGACUGCAAAUAUUUUUGUUAUGUAUUUAUUACCGAGUGAUCCAGAUAAUGUUACGAUUAAAAACGUGUAUAGCGCUCAGUUAUGUAUCUCCAUAUCAUCAUGAAUGAAUAGUUUAACGUAUAUUUACAUUUAUUAUUAUGAUAGAAAUAAAUCAUUGCAUACACUGCAAAAUGUGAGAUUAUUAUUUCUAGGUACAUUUUUUUAGUUUCGGUUAGAUGAAAGCAUACUAAGAGUAGAACUAUAUAUAUCGAUAGAGAAGACACACAUGAAAGGACGAAUAUUAUAAACAUAAUAUUAAAAUCGAAUCUUGUACGGUAACUUAAGCAUAUUAUCUUUUACAAUAAUCACACCAGCACAUACGCGAUAUGAUUUAAUUCGGUUUAUUUGAAUUGAAAAUUUCAAUGCAAAAUUGUAUUAAAUAUACAUAAAUCACGAGGAAUCGCAGUUUAUGCUGAAUUGAAAAUUUACUAGAGCUUUUUUAUUUAAAUUAAAUUGAAAAAAGAAUAGAAUGAAAUAGUAAAAUCCGUAAUAAAUUUCCAGUGUUUUAACAAAAAAAGAGAAAAUAAUACAAAAUGCAACAAAGUAUUGACCUUAAAGAAAAUGAGGAAAGAAAAAAUAUAUAAAGAAAAACAUUUAAAGAACAAUAAUAGUUACGUAUGACUUUACUAGGUGUUUCUUCUGUAAAAAAAAAUAUUAUUAUAUAUAUACAUAAAAUAUAUAUAUAUUAUUCAAAUGUAAAAUAAAAUUAAUUCUCUGAAUUAAAACUAUAUUAUACAAACAAAAACAA